UGCUGGGAUACUGUGUCCCCUACAAAUGUCAGAGCUCUUUUGAAAAAAAAAAAAAUCAGUAAUAAGUAUGGCGAUAUAUUUAUUAGAAUCUAUGUAUUUAUGCCUUCAACAAAAAAAUGUAAUUUACUGGAAAAUCUGUAAGUAAAUCAGAUUAUAGAUAUUACAAGAAAAUUAUCCAUCUAUAUAUUUUUCUCACCUUCCUCCCACACUUAAAUCUAGAGACCUAGUCUCUGCUUUUACCACCUUAAACAGACAACUUCCCAGGGUACUGCAAUUUAGCCACAGAAAAAGAAUGGCUUAUCCCAGAGCAGCAGGCUCUGAAGCAAUCACAAGGUUGUUUACAUGGGCUGCCUUUGGUGCAGAGCCUGACAGUGUCUAUACAGCAGCUCUGCCUGCUUCUGUGAUGUUGACGGUAACUUUUAUGAACAAACUGCAAGGAAGCAGGCUAAGUCAUAUGGGACAGGCCACAGUUCAGGUGGAAAGUAAAGGAGUGAAAGUGCACCAGGCAUUGCCAGGACAACAUCCAAUAUCUCCCUCUAUCCCUAAUCUGCUAGUUGUCGGACCCUGGAAGAUCCCACAGAAUGCUUAUUAAAAUAUUUAAAGUGGUUGCAGUAAGGACCAUUUUUCUCAGAGAAGCUUCUGUGAAUUUUCUACUUUAGGUCAGUAUAGAUAUUAUAAAUAUAUAACAAAUAAAUAUAUAAAUGUAGCACAAGCUUCCGACUUCACUUCAGAACCAUUGGAUUUUAGGGGUUGGAUGCUUUGGAUGUAGCAGCUUGGCUGCCUCUGGCUAGUGUGAGAAACACCAAUGACAGAUCCAUCUCAGAUCUUCACUAUGGCAACUCAUGCAAGAAACUGUUGAAUUAGACCCGUUUCCUAUAGAUGAGAAACCAUACAAGCUGUGGUAUUUAUGAGCCUCAAUUUCUUAUACUACUGCAGUGAACCAACAUUGGAUGUGAAAAUUGCCUUUUGUCAGGGAUUCGAUAAACAAGUGGAUGUGUCAUAUAUUGCCAAACAUUACAACAUGAGCAAAAGCAAAGUUGACAACCAGUUCUACAGUGUGGAAGUGGGAGACUCAACCUUCACAGUUCUCAAGCGCUACCAGAAUCUAAAGCCUAUUGGCUCUGGGGCUCAGGGCAUAGUUUGUGCCGCGUAUGAUGCUGUCCUUGACAGAAAUGUGGCCAUUAAGAAGCUCAGCAGACCCUUUCAGAACCAAACACAUGCCAAGAGAGCAUACCGGGAGCUGGUCCUCAUGAAGUGUGUGAACCAUAAAAACAUCAUUAGUUUAUUAAAUGUCUUCACACCCCAGAAAACGCUGGAGGAGUUCCAAGAUGUUUACUUAGUAAUGGAACUGAUGGAUGCCAACUUAUGUCAAGUGAUCCAGAUGGAAUUAGACCACGAGCGAAUGUCUUACCUGCUGUACCAAAUGCUGUGUGGCAUUAAGCACCUCCACUCUGCUGGAAUUAUUCACAGGGAUUUAAAACCAAGUAACAUUGUAGUCAAGUCUGAUUGCACAUUGAAAAUCCUGGACUUUGGACUGGCCAGGACAGCAGGCACAAGCUUCAUGAUGACUCCGUAUGUGGUGACACGUUAUUACAGAGCCCCGGAGGUCAUCCUGGGGAUGGGCUACAAGGAGAACGUGGAUAUAUGGUCUGUGGGAUGCAUUAUGGGAGAAAUGGUUCGCCACAAAAUCCUCUUUCCAGGAAGGGACUAUAUUGACCAGUGGAAUAAGGUAAUUGAACAACUAGGAACACCAUGUCCAGAAUUCAUGAAGAAAUUGCAACCCACAGUAAGAAACUAUGUGGAGAAUCGGCCCAAGUAUGCAGGACUCACCUUCCCCAAGCUCUUCCCAGAUUCCCUCUUCCCAGCGGACUCUGAGCACAAUAAACUCAAAGCCAGCCAAGCCAGGGACUUGUUGUCAAAGAUGCUAGUGAUUGACCCAGCAAAAAGAAUAUCAGUGGACGACGCCUUACAGCAUCCCUACAUCAAUGUUUGGUAUGACCCAGCUGAAGUGGAGGCGCCUCCACCUCAGAUAUAUGACAAGCAGUUGGAUGAAAGAGAACACACAAUUGAAGAAUGGAAAGAACUUAUCUACAAGGAAGUAAUGAACUCGGAAGAAAAGACUAAAAAUGGCGUAGUAAAAGGACAGCCUUCUCCUUCAGGUGCAGCAGUGAACAGCAGUGAGAGUCUCCCUCCAUCCUCGUCUGUCAAUGACAUCUCCUCCAUGUCCACGGACCAGACCCUGGCAUCUGACACUGACAGCAGCCUGGAAGCCUCGGCAGGACCCCUGGGUUGUUGCAGGUGACUAGCCGCCUGCCUGCGAAACCCAGCGUUCUUCAGGAGAUGAUAUGAUGGAACACACACACACACACACACACACACACACGCACGCAGACACUCACGCACACACACAAAUGCAGACACACAACAUCAAGAAAACAGCAAGGCAGAGAAUCCAAGCCUAAAAUUGAAUAAAUCUUUCAGCCUGCUUUUCCCCAGAGUUCUGUAUUACAGCUAAGCUCAAAUGUAUAUUUAACUUCUAGUUGCUCUUGCUUUGGUCUUCUUCCAAUGAUGCUUACUAUAGAGAGCAAAUCAGACAUAAUUAGAGAAGACUUUUCCAUAAAGUGUAAUUUUAAUGGCUGCAAAACCAGCAACCUGUAACUGCCCUUUUAAAUGGCAUGACAAGGUGUGCAGUGGCCCCAUCCAGCAUGUGUGUGUCUCUAUCUUGCAUCUACCUGCUCCUUGGCCUAGUCAGAUGGAUGUAGAUACAGAUCCGCAUGUGUCUGUAUUCAUACAGUACUACUUACUUAGAGAUGCUACUGUCAGUGUCCUCAGGGCUCUACCAAGACAUCAUGCACUGGGGUACCACAUGGUCCAUUUCCUGUGAUCUAUUACUCUGACAUAAUCCCAUCUGUAAUAUAUUGCCAGUAUAUAAGCUGUUUAGUUUGUUAAUUGAUUAAACUGUAUGUCUCAUAAGAAAACAUGUAAAGGGGGAAUAUAUGGGGGGAGUGAGCUCUCUCAGACCCUUGAAGCUGUAGCUUCCAAAUUUGAACGGAUUAAAUGGCACCUGUAUACCAAUUUGUAGAAAGAACAUAUGUGAUGCUUAUAUAAAGUGUGGGGGGAGUGGGUAACAGUUUUCAGGCACAAAAUGGGUUGGCCUUUAGAAGGCAGGUGUGAAUAAAAGCUGAGAGUCUUUUCUGUGACAGUGAAGAGUAGGAGAGACUGGAGAGUAGUGUGGACUGAGACCAAGAGGAGGUCAUUACUCAGAUUCUAGGAGACACCGGCGGCCCUAUUUUAGAGAUUUGGCCCUACUCCCAUUUGUCAUUUCUCAAUUAUUGGUCACAAGAAAACACCACUGGAGAAAGUGGCAGGUGGUGAGGCAAGGUUAUUGUGUGCACUUUUGAUGGUAAGAAUCUCUCCUUGGAAUUGAGCAGAAUUGCCUCUGUGUGAAUUCCUUCAACAACAACAAAAUGAGUCUUCCUAGACUACUUUCAGAUUGUGGGUUGUGUUUUCCAUGUGUGGGCUGCUUCCCUGGUUCAUACCCCACCAAAGUUUUAUUUUGAGAAAUAAUAUUACUUUCCUCUUCUGGAAUAAAAUAAUCAAUAAGAAUAAAUCCCCCAAAGCACAGUGUGAGUCUCAGGUUAGCAUUUGAAAACAUCUCCAGAGAUAUUAUUAUUCUGCAGGAGUUUCCCCGACUCCUUAAUGUGGCUGAUGUUUCAUGUUUAUUUAUUUAUUUUCAUAAGUAUGAGCAAUCGAAGAAGGGCUGAUCAUCUGAAUUUUGUAAUGCAGUAGAUGUAAGAGCAAUAACUCUGCCCAUAAAUUUACUGCUGCCAAAUAGUUUUAGCAAUAUUAGUUUGUCUUAAAAGCCAUGAAGCAUUAAUGUCAAUGUUCAGCAAAAUUUCCUGAAUUUAGCUUAAAUUAAAAGAAAGUGCGUUCCUGAGCACUUAAGGAGGCACUGUGAAACAUCUUGGUUAUAUACAAGGCAAUACCAAGGUGAUCUCAGCAAUAAUCAGUUCAGGCUUCCCUUCUUAUUCACUUUGAAGUAUCCAUCACAGUUAUUUGCACUCUGGCCAUGUUGGUGCUCACCAAAGUGGUGAUAUUUCACCUGAAGAAGUGAAAGACAGGAAAUAUAUGGUUGAUGAGUGUGAACUGAUUGAAAAAUAGAAUUCCCCCCUGAAACAGAGCAAACAAGAAUGCCAGUGCUCUGAAAACUGCCUUAAAUACAAUAAUAGGGAAGUUUCUUUCUCUCUUCAAGCAAUAGAGUCCACAGGGAACUGCAUCCACCUGCACCAUCAUCAUGCCAGUGGUGCUGCCAUUCUGAGAUUGUUUCACACAGUCGGAUUCAGUACACAUGGUCAUUUGUUUAAAAUAAAGAGAAGAACAUUCCUUUGUGCAGCUUGUCCCCUGUAAUAAAAAUGACCCAUUCUCUCUAUUUUGCUAUCAUUUAUUUUUUGGUUAAUAUUGCUGACAACCUGAUUGUUAAAAAUACCUCCUCAGUCACAUGAGCUCCCUCUAUUAUCUUUCGGUCAUAUGCCUGUUUUUGUUUUUGUUUUUUAAAAAAACUUCUCCUCUCUAUAUCUCUAAUUCUUUACUGAUUUUUCUUUCUCUGUACUUUUCUCUUGAUAUAUCUGUGGCCUCUCCCCUCGCUUGCUUUAUUCCACAUGGGAUUAAGUGCAGAGAGCAGGGAGCUGCUUUAAAGAGAGUCUCAGGGGAGUUUUAUUGGCCCCCAAGAUGACAUCACAAGGCAAAAGGAAGUUUCCAGUCAGCAUCUUCAAAGAGCUUGACAGGCUAUCCCUCAUAUCUGCAGAAGUGGUGAUGUUUUCUCCCCUCAAAUUAAACCAGGCAAGAGCUGGACAGAGCCCCUCCCCCACUAUUAGCACUGUCCCAAAGCUCACUGAGUCUUAUAUCUUCUGUGCAUGGCUCUUGCGAGCUGGUUAGCUUUAGCCAGAUUUCCCUUAUGGACAAGAGAAAAAUGGAACAAAUCCCUCGAAUUUAAGUAUCAUUUACAAAUGGAGGUAAGGAUUUAGCCCCCAGAAUUUUUGCAGGAUCAAUUUUAUUAAAUGAUCAAAAAAAGGUAGAUGAUAGAGCAACAAAGAGAAUCACCACUGUAAAAGCCCUCCAGUCCUUUACCCGCUAGGUCUGCUUUCUUAUAAUAUCUCUAGGAGGUGAUGAUAUCAAAUUAACAGAAUAUAGUAUGUUCUGCAUUCAGUUGUCUUACACACACACACACACACACACACACACACACCCCAAAUAUUUAUUAAAUAGUCACUUCCCAGGAAUGUCCUAACUUUUCAGGUAGGCAAGUGUCAAGUCUCCUGGAAAAUAUUUCAGAAAAAAAUGAGGGGGCUCUACCCGGGACUGGGCUCAUUUUGGAACAUGAAAUUGGCACUCUGAGGAGCCUUAUCUUCUGUCACUUCCUAUGGGGCAGCUGGUUUGCAGAGAUCCUUAAUAAAAUCUUUCUCAGUAUUUUGUAGGAAGGAUGGCUGUGUACUCAUGUGCAGGGAGAAUUAAACUGCUGUGAGAGUUUGGAAAAACCACUAUCACUCUACUAUUAGUAUGUCUUUACUAUUUUUAUAUGUGUUUUGUGGGUCAGCGUGUUCAAUUUUAAAUAGGAAUACACUAGCCUUACAACAGAAUUUCUUCUUGUGGAAUAAAAACUGAUAAUAAUCUUUCAUCUUCAGGAAUCUGGUGACUGAGCUUUAUAGGAACGUACCCCCACAGUUGGACCACAGCCUGGCCAGUUCCCACCAACUGGAGUAAGCUAUUUAAUUGACGGCCAAGAAGCUCAAUAGCGUUUUCAAUCCGUUAUCAGAAAAAUAUUAUCUUUUUUUUUUUUUUUUUUGAGACGGAGUUUCGCUCUUGUUAUCCAGGCUGGAGUGCAAUGGCGUGAUCUUGGCUCACCGCUACCUCCGCCUCCUGGGUUCAGGCAAUUCUCCUGCCUCAGCCUCCGGAGUAGCUGGGAUUACAAGCACGCGCCACUAUGCCCAGCUAAUUUUUUUGUAUUUUCAGUAGAGACGGGGUUUCACCAUGUUGACCAGGAUGGUCUCAAUCUCUUGACCUCGUGAUUCACCCGCCUCGGCCUCCCAAAGUGCUGGGAUUACAGGCGUGAGCCACCGCACCCGGCCCAGAAAAAUAUUAUCUUAAGACACUGAUAGCGGCUGACUGGUAAAACAGAAAGCUGGCCUUAGCAAAUGGAACUAGUAAAAAAAAAAAAAUGUAAAAAUACAAAAAAAUCUUUAUAUUCUGUCAAGAAAAAAAAAAAAACAAGGAAACUUGACUUUUUUGAAUUUCAAAUAUUUAUUGCAAAACCUAAACCAUACAAAAUCUAUUUCGAUUUGAAUCCCUUAACAUAUGAAAAGCCACAUCUUAAGUGCAUUAUGCUCAUUAUGCUCUGUAAGGCAUGUUAUUAGCCAGUUUUGCUGAAAAGUAUGUCUUCUACAGCUCAAAAAAAGAAGUAAAAUUGCUCUAGAAAUUUUUGAUCCCAGCCACUUUGGGUCCAAAGAGGAACCCAACUUCCCACUCAUUAUCCCCCACACACAUUUUAAUUAUAGGAGUCUAACAUUUUCCACAGAUAUCAUUAAACCAAGCAAGAAAACUCCUUUCUGUAAAAACAACAAAAAAAUUACUAUGUACAUACUUAUAUUAGCUAUUUUCUUUGUGAUUAGAGGAUAAGAUUUUGUUAUUUCUUUUGGCACUUAGUCCUUUAACUAUCUGAAAAUGGUUCACUUUGACCUGUUUUUUUUAUCAGCCAAACUUAAGUGAGGGGCCUCUGUUUAUAUAUAGAAUCUUGUAUAUGUAACUUUACUUAUGUGGGACCAAUGGCCAGUAUACUCUAAUGGACAUAAAUCUCCCAAUCCUUAUCUGGGAUUAUCUGUUCACCUUGCCAUGUCCAUCUUUCAAUGAGACCUAACUUGCACUUGCCUGUUUUUCUGCAUGAUUGGACUCCAAAGACUAUUACCAAUGAUGAGAAUUGUCCUGUGUCAGUGUUUAUAAAAUGGACUUAAAGCACACACACAUGCAUACACAUAUUCACAUCUACCCUUACAGUUCUUGAUCAACCCUGCAAAGCAAAACUAUGUACUCCGUUUCUUUGUAAGGUCUGAGUGGUGAGAACUAAAUUCAGUCAGCCUAAUGGGUAAAAUGCAAUCUCAGUGAUGUUUAAUAAGGAUUUAAAAUCAUUCAAAUCAUUUCUGUUUUCUUUUUCAUACCCUUUCCUAUUUUCUCUUCCUUUAUUUUCAAAAUGUCUGUGGAACAAGAGGAUGAAUCGGGGAGAACUUUCGCUUCUUUCGACUCUUUGUAGGUGAUACAGAGUUAACAUAUUGUGAUUUCUGUUUCUUAUGAAUUAUUAAAAUCAGAGGAAAUAUGCUUCCCUCAACAUAAAACCAAAUCCAGACCCAGACGUUGUUGGAGUUUGCCUGUUGACAAUGGUUAUGAUGCUGCUCGCUGUCUUGAGUUGCAUGUACUGACAGUAGCUCUGAAGGGCCUCAUGAUUUCGUUUUGUCAUCUGAUAAAUGAAACUUGUAGAAUGGUCCAAUUAAGCCAGGGAAUAAAGAAAUAAGGAAUGACAAUGA